AUGAGCUCACGCGGCAGACCAGCCAGCCGAUGGUGGGAAUCACAAACAGGUUCUGAGUGCGGUGGAAGCGGCCAAGGUAUGCGCCGUUCAAAGCGGGAAAGUAAAUAUAUGGGCCUUCAUCUGCGCGAGGUUAUGGAGCAAGAUUGCGGUACAUCGCCAGUCGCGGACAAUCCAGCACUGUACACGAACAAUCCAUUCUUGGUUUAUGGACCUAAUGAGUACCCACCGGAGAAAGUGGGCUGGCAUGAACAAUUACCAGCUACUCAGGCGGGCGUCCGUCGGGCAUCGUCAAAUCGCGAAGCCCAAAAGUUAGAUAUAUCCAGGCUUGUCACCCUGCCACCACCGUACCCACGACAUUACCCUGGUGUCAAUAAUAACCAUCCCGACCUCGGAUUCUAUCGAACGACUGUCAGGUCGGUAACCGAGCUGUCUGAAUUGCGAGAAACAUACCAGAAUCAUGAAAUGAAAUUUCAAAAGCUUCGAGAAGAUUAUCAGCGGAGGAUCAAAGAGGAGCGCCAGGACUUCCGUCUUCGUGUGAACCAAGCGAUCGAGGAGGGCACCAUUACGUAUGCAGAAGCCGCUGAAGCGGAAGCAGGCCGGAGAGCCAAAGAAAACGAUCGAGAGAAACAAUUGGCGCAAAAGGAAUUCGAUUCAUAUCAGGAGGAAGUCCUUCGGCCGAUGCAAAGCGUCCUUAAGGAUCGGAUAAAUGUCGUUAGCGCGUGUAUCAACGAACUUCAGGAGAAGCUAUUCGACUCUGCUGAGAAUCAGACCCCGAAUCAGGCACAGGAAGAAGGCGAUGAACGCCCUGAACUGCUCGAGAAGCUAACGCAACUCAAGUGGCUGUUUGAAGCUCGUGAGCAGCUCUAUCGUGAAGAAUACGAUCUGCUCAGCAAGUGCAAUGAGAAGUUCCGGACCGUUGUUACAUUGCCAUAUCAGCAAUCCAAGAACAUCGAGAAGAUAAAGGAAACCGAUAAUUUCUUUAUUCGCGAUGCGCAGACUCGACAGGCUAAUUUCGCAUCAGAGACGCUGAUGCGGUUUGAAAACAUUAUGACUGUCAUUGAAUCGAACGUUAGCAGAGGUGUCGAAACACAGCUUUCAGCGUUUUGGGAUAUUGCUCCAUCCAUUCUCACGGUGCUGCAAAAGAUCCCGGAGGACCUUCGAGGCUUCACAGUGAUGAUACCCCAGAAGGAAUACGAUGAGAAUCCUAGCUAUUACCAAAACCCGCUGCAGUACCUCUACUCGCUCCUUUCACAUGCAGAAAAGGCAACGUAUCAAUUCAUCGAAUCCCAAACCAAUCUCCUCUGCCUCCUGCACGAAGUUCAAUCCGGUCUCACGCAUUCGAGUUGCAAGUCAAUGGAAAUACAACGGAUUAAUUCCGGGGAGCCAGCGGAGGCGGUGAAGGCGGAGAUGCAAGAAUCGCUGUCAGAGGAAGAAAGAGUCCUCACAGCCGAUCUGAAAGAUAAAGUGGGCAUGGUUGAAGAUCAAUGGCGAGAAGCCUUGGGGUCGCAGUUGCAGAGUGUGAAGCAGCGAGUCCAACAGCGACUCAUGGAAGAGGGAGGAUGGGAUGAAGUUUUGCAAAUGGAGCAGACAUAA